AUGAAGCGGGUUCACUCUUCAAAUAAUAGCAACCAAAAUAUUAAUUCAUCUCAAGCAAAUUGUAUCCGGUCCAGUACACCAAUACAAGAGGAAAGGAGUUUAGCUCAUUUUCCAAAUAAUGGUACUGGUAAUUCUACUAAAGUUCAAAAUAAAAAGAAAGUGAUCAAUGCUAUAUGUCGAAAUGGAGGUCAAAAGAAAUGUAGUAACGAAAAUUUUGAUGAUGAUAAUUCACAAAUAGCAGCAUAUACACCAUCGGGUUCCAGUAUUUCUUUUUCUUCGUCAUCAAGAGGUGGCGGCAAAGAAAAUCAUGGAAAUUUAAAUACAUCGCUAAAAUCUCAACGAAAACAUACUCAAGCAUUACAUGCAAUUACUGAUAUUUCUAAUAAUUUAGGAAACAAGUCAUUGAAAAAAUCCAUGGAUACACAACAUGAAAAAUCAAGCUCUCCCAAUUCGAAUUCAACUAAUAAUUUGAACCGAACAUCGGAUUCCUAUUCAAACCGUGUAUCUUCGCCAUCAUCAAGUAAAAAUAAAAAAACAUCCGAUAAAAACAAUUCUUCACGAUCAUCCAUUACCAAUAAUCGAUUUACAACUGAUAAUCAAUCAUCAUCGUCGGUUUUGAAUACUUCUCAUGCUGUACAACCCACGUUUCCCAUUCAUUCUCUAGUAGAGGGUUCUCUUGAAUACAGAGAAAUGAAGCGUCUAUAUUUAAAUGAAAAGCAACUGGUAGAAGACUGGCGCAAAGAUUAUAACGUUCUAAAGAAACAAGUUGCUUUCGUCAAAACAAGCACCAUUCCUCGACCGACAAGUAAAGUCUUAGAUUGGUUGCAUGAAUUACUUGAUAUUAUGAAAAACAAUGGCGCUUUUAAAGGCGAUGGAAGAAGUCUUAAUAAAAUUGGACAAGAUUUAGGCUUAGAUGAAACAAGUCUUAUUUCUGUAGCUGCACGUACACCGCAAAAGUCAGCUUUAAAAUUGUUUCGCUUGCUUUAUCCUACUGUUGGUAGCCGGGCUGAAUGUGGUUCAAUUUCAAAAGUUCCUCCAAAACAAUUAGAAAACAUAUAUAUUUAUGUACGUAGUCUUCAUAAGAAUUUAAGUUUCACAAGAGUUGAUAUGAGAAAAGCUAUUGGAACUUCAAUUAGAAGUGCCACAUGUGAAUUACGUAAACUCGAGCGCAGUCGGCAACAUCGAUUCAAUGAUUCAAGAAGCGAUGAUAGUAUGGAUUUUCAUGAAUUUGAUAAAACAAUAAAUAUCAUCAAUGUAUUUUUAGAUGAAGUGGCUGAUGUUACAGAUGAUGUUAAUGAAAAUGAACAUGAAAACGAAGAUGAUGAUGAUGGCAAUGGAGACAUGAAUGAAGAUGAAGAGGAUGGUGACAUUGAUGAAAAUGAAGAAGAUCGUGACAUGGAUGAAAAUGAAAACGAAGGUGACGACGAUGAAAAGGAAGAAAACAAUAUGUUGGUUGACGAUGAAGUUGACGAAGAAGAUAGUUGA